AUGAUGGGCUCCUGGAAGCACUGUCUUUUCAGCAUGUCUCUUAUCUCUGCCCUGAUUUUUGUAUUUGUUUACAAUAACGAGUUAUGGGAGAAUAAACGUUUUCUGAGGACAGCUCUGUCCAAUGCUUCGCUAUUAGCAGAAACCUGUCAUCGGAUUUUUAAGGGGAAGGUUUUUUACUUAACAGAAAAUGCAUUGAAAACUACCUUCAAUGAAUCUACCUGUUAUAAAUACAUGGUUCAAGGUCAUUAUAUAACAGAAACACUUUCUGAAGAGGAGGCUAGGUUCCCUUUGGCUUACACAGUGACCAUCCACAAAGACUUUGACACUUUCGAGAGACUCUUCAGGGCGAUUUAUAUGCCCCAAAAUGUCUACUGUGUGCACAUGGACAAGAAAGCAACAGACACAUUUAAAGAUGCGGUGAAACAAUUACUGAGCUGCUUCCCCAAUGCUUUUCUGGCUUCUAAGAUGGAGCCAGUUGUCUACGGUGGGAUUUCCAGGCUCCAGGCUGACCUGAACUGCCUGGAAGACCUUGUGGCUUCCAAGGUUCCGUGGAAGUACGCCAUCAACACUUGUGGGCAAGAUUUCCCCCUGAAAACCAACAAGGAAAUAGUUCAGCAUCUGAAAAGAUUUAAAGGGAAAAAUAUUACCCCAGGGGUGCUGCCUCCAGAUCAUGUAAUUGGACGGACUAAGUACGUCCACCGAGAAUUACUAGGCAACAAAAAUUCCUACGUGCUUAAAACAACAAAAUUAAAAACUUCCCCUCCUCACAACAUGACCAUUUACUUCGGCACUGCCUAUGUGGCACUCACAAGGGCAUUUGUUGACUUUGUCCUCCAAGACCAGCACGCACUUGACCUACUCUCCUGGUCCAAGGACACCUACAGUCCCGAUGAACAUUUCUGGGUGACGCUCAAUAGGAUUCCUGAAUUUCUCCAGGAAGCAGAGCUGGGCCCUGACACUAAGACGUCCCUGGGCCUCCUAGAAAGGGCACAGGAUUGUACAGAGACUAAGGGCAAGAGCUCGGGAACAAAGCUGAUCACAUUCAGGUCUGAGAGCCCAGAGACUCCCAGGUUGCGGAUCGUGGCCUUGAGCCACGAGAGGGCUGAGCCCAGCAGCCUGCUGGGUGGCUCCGCGGGAAGCGCCCGCCUGCCACAGCGCAUCACCUCAGCUGUGGCUGUCACCGUGCUAAUUCCCUGA